UGCGACUCCUCCCCAUCGGUUGUCCAGACUUUCACUCGUGUGCAAGUCUCAGUGCUGGACAGAAACGGCCGCAAAGGACGCUCUGAGUGGCGUCGGCCCGUUUUUCUUCAGCCAUCUGGUAUGUACCCGCACUCGCUGCCGGGAAUUCUGCCUCAAAGUUUAAUUCAUUUGUCCAGUAAUGCAAGACUCAUGCAAUGCAUUUGGUCGACAACGGCCAAGACAGCUUUGCGGGAUAGUUCUAGAAAGAGAUUAUCUGUGCUGGCAUGGAGCAGAGCCCGAACACUUUGGAGUCCGCCGCGGACUUGUGAAAUCAUUCGCUGGGCACAUACUGCGACUUCACCGGUAUACGACAUCAAUGACCGUUCUGCUGAUGCUACUUCAUCAUCAAGGAAUUUCCCAACUGUCCAGCUCUUUGAAGCGGACGCUGGCCUCUCCUCAAUGACCGCGGCGCAAAUAUCCCGCGCCGCCGCUCAAGCCGUUCGUGUUUCUCCGCCUCAAGACGCGCUAUACAUCUUGAACUCGCUUUUCUAUUCGACUCUCACCCCUGGCGAGAAGGAGAGCGUCCACGACAUUGAGGAAGUCUAUCGGACCACACCCCGCUCGCCGCUAGAUGUCCAUGUUCCUUUCAAACCCAUUGACUUCGGUCAGCCAGUAUCUCCUCGUCUCGCAUCCCAUUCUUUCUUGCACGCACUGCUUCGCCGUGGCCAGCCCUCCCAGGCUGCUCAACUGGCUGAAUCGUUAAUGAAGCAAGGACAUCGUGUGCAGCCGUCCACCCUGGAAGCCACCGUCAAGGCGCUAUGCGAGAGUGACAAGUCCUUCUGGGAUCGUCGGCGGGCCUCAACAUUGCCUCGAAGCUUGCACUCUCGACACGUUUUGGACAUUUCUAAUGACUCCUUUUCUCAUCCUGGAAACGCUAUCGCCUCUCUCAUCCUGAUCCAUGCCCGCAAGUACGGCCAAGAGCGCUCAGAGCGUAUGUACGAGACGCUCGUCCGCGCAUGCCUCCUGCACGGCGAGAUUGUUGUAGCAGCCUUGCUGUUUGCCCUCCUCGUUAAAGAUUGGCAAGUCAAUUCAGCCCGCAAGCUAGCUGAAGCCGAAGCCGCUUCCCGAGCCAACGCGGUUGUGACCGAAGAGUCCUCAGAUACAACUGUCUAUGGGAGACGGGCUCGGUAUGGGCUAGAUGUCGAUGCGCUUCUACGACGGACGGCCAAGCAUAGGAACAUCCCCUGGACGUCAUUUGAGCAUGCACCAUAUCCGACUGCUGGUUUACUGAAACAGAUCACCGAUCGGAUAGAGGUGAUAUUCCUAGAGGAAGCCGACUCUGUUGGCGGAGGCGAACACCUACAAGAGCCGCUGCAGGCCUUGACUAUCCUCGCAAUGCUCAUAGAAGAAGGCGACAUCCACUUCGGCAAGCUUUCACCUCUAAUACGAACACUCUACAAGACUCCAAAAACUGAACAUCGCGUCUGGAAGCGUCAGCAUGGGAAACCAGUGCAGAUCAACGCCUAUAGGUACUUCCAUGGCGUUCUGUCGCGGAUGAUUAAAUCUCUCAAGGAUCCGACACGAAUGAAGUUGCCGCCUUUGGAUACCCGAGCUUGCAAUUCCUUACUGCAGUAUGCUCUCCGACAUCGUCUUUCACCUGCGCUGGCCUCCAAUGUGCUCGAACAUAUGGUCGUCCACCGAGAUCUGGCACCUGAUCCUAUCACACUUAACGUUCUUCUCCGAUCUGGUACGGUACUCAGGCGGGAGGACAUCAGCGACACGGCACUGAGGAUUCUUCGUCGACUCAAUCAGCACGAUACGAGCGCUCUCGUGAAUCUCGAACCCUGUGUCAUAUUUCGGGGCAAUCGCAGGCAACGCACCGCCACUCGCUCGAGCUUCGGCCAUGCGAUGAUUAGGUUACGCGAAGAGAACAUCACGUUCCCGGAAAAGAUGCUGGAUUCUAGGUCUUCUAUGCAAGCGGAUGAAGUGACGGUCGUCAGCUAUAUCACCCAUUUAACUUCGACGGGUCAACCAGAUGUCAUACCGAACGUGCUGUUCCUCAUACUUCCCGAGCUAGCGACUGUGGACCAUCCUUCGUGGGGCCAACUCUCCCUGGAGGAGCGUGACAUUACCCUCGAUAGCACCCGCGAGGAGAGUGUGAAGCGCGGAGUCGCGCUUGGGCCCCUCUUCUUCACCGUUGUGCUGAACGCCUUGACGAAGACGGGCAAGACAGGCUUAGCGGAACGAGUAUGGCUAUUCGCGAAGACUGCCGAGCGAGCGAGUUGGAUCGAUGGCUUCCUUCCGGGCACCGAACCUUGGUGUCUGCCUGUCUCAGCCUACACAUCCAUAAUGCAAUGUUAUGCCAACGAAGGUCGGAAAGGCCUGCCCAUUCGCAAGGUCACCGAGGAUGGUAGAGUGAUCUGGGUACCAAGGUCAAAUAAUCACGUUCGUGGUUGGGCUCGUCUUGUUUACCAGACGCAGCGCCGGGAGGGCGGCGAAAGCAGAAAUUGGAAACGCUUCAGAGCUGCUCGCACCAUGGCUCGAAUCCUUCUCAGGGCCAUGCUGUCUGGGAUCAGCGCCGUUGCGCGAUCUCUCCUUCACAUAGAACAGACGGUGCGAGCGGCGAAUGCGAAGAUUACCACUACCCUUCCCAAGCCAGAUGCACGGUUUUUCAACGCUGCAUUGAAGUUGUUCCAUCCUUUACCGGGCAUGCUUCCUCGCCGCAUGCGUACCACUCGCUCCAGGCUUCGACGAUUCCUGCGCUGGGCGCACGCUGUGUACGGUCAGCAUGGAAGGAAAGCGGAGCACUGGGACAUUUUACUGCAAGACAUUGCGGAGGCUAUGAUCAAUGCGGGCUAUCCCGUACCCCCUGCCUUCCGGCACCUCUUCAUCGGCCGCUACAGCCCCGGGAUGGCGAGCUUUCGACCUCCCGUCACGCUCAUCCGCUCACCUUUCUCGUACCCACGUCCACGCUACAGGUUUCGCCCGCAUGCCUUGCCUACCUCAAAAACGAGAGGUCUACCGGUCAGACACUCCCUUCCUAGACUGUGUAGACAAGAUGCUCGCGACCAAUCUGCUCCGGACACAAGUGUAUCACCCUCUCCAUAAUGAUGUAACAUUGGCAGGACUAGUACGGAAUAAUUUCAGGCAAUAAGAGCGUGUUUGGAUGAUUGACUACUCUUUGCUCUGAAUGUAAAUAAAACCGGUACUGUUCGGUAAUGUGACACUUGGUUUCCACUCCUCCGCGAUAUCUGCCAGUUGGUCAGCCGUCUCCCGCAAUUUCGCCUGCAUUUCAUCGGGGUUUGGCCAGGGCUGGCCUUUUUUCCGGGAGAAACCAAUGACCACCCGUUCACCUUCUUCCAAGGCUUCUUUGACUUUUUUGAGCUUAUGCUCUAAGUCACCCUGCGCGACAGACCACGUCAUCUGGACCUCCUUCUCCUUGAUAACACCUGCUCUCUUCUUCUUCUGCACCUCCUUCGCUCUACGGUACUCCUCCGAAAGGUUCACAGCCCGCACGAUGGGGUCCGGGGCCUCCGAUACGAGCUCGACGCACCAUUUUCUUUUCCACCACUUCUCCUUCUUCCCGCUCGCAUCUGUUGCUUGUUCUUCCCCACCUGGAGUCGGCGGUACAGGCCUAUUCCGUACAAAUUCGAGUACUUGAGUGAGACUGAUUAAGGGACUGAGCGAGCUGGUGUCGGGAUCAACCAACCGCACCUUGCGGUACGGGAUCUCUUCGUCGCGAGGUUUCCGUGGUGACUCAGUUGGCUUCGAGGCUUGGCCCUUGGCCCUGCUUCCAGCAUUUGACGGCCUGGCUGACCCAUUGCCCUUGACCAUUUUAUUCGGGGCUGGGCCGGACGGACGGCGGGGUGCAUAGACAUGACGGACACCGCGAUAUAAACUAACGGAGGCUCCAUUGACGGACAGAGCGACCGUCCACUGUGUUCGUGCAACCCAUCUCGCGUUUAUU